CCGACUGACCGACCCGCUCCUGCAGACCGCGCGGCUCGGGGGGCGCAGGCACUGGGCGUCGCCAGCCAGCCCCAGCCCUUCUCAUCCCGUAGCGCCCCGCCCCGUCCCGUCGGGGCCCAUGGCUCCUCCCGAGGCCCGCAGCCCGGGGGGCGCAGGGUAGAGCCCCGUGGCCGGGCCACGCAGCCCAGGGACUCCCAGGCCCUGCCGGAGCCCCCCCGGAGUCCCCGCCGUCCGGCGGGAUCAGGGAGCGAGUGGGAGCGCCCUCCCCACGCCGCCCCUCCCCGAGCGUCGAGACAAGAUGCUGCCCGGGCUCGGGCGCCUGCUGCAAGGUCCCGCCUCAGCCUGCCUCCUGCUGAUGCUCCUGGCCCUGCCUCCAGCAGCCCCCAGCUGCCCCAUGCUCUGCACCUGCUACUUGUCCCCGCCCACCGUGAGCUGCCAGGCCAACAACUUCUCCUCGGUGCCGCUGUCCCUGCCGCCCAGCACACAGCGACUCUUCUUGCAGAACAACCUCAUCCGCACGCUGCGGCCUGGCACCUUCGGGCCCAACCUGCUCACCCUGUGGCUGUUCUCCAACAACCUCUCCACCAUCUACCCCGGCACCUUCCGCCACCUGCAGGCCCUGGAGGAGCUGGACCUCGGUGACAACCGGCACCUGCGCUCCCUGGAGCCUGAUACCUUCCAGGGCCUGGAGCGGCUGCAGUCGCUGCACCUGUACCGCUGUCAGCUCAGCAGCCUACCAGGCAACAUCUUCCGCGGCCUGGUCAGCCUGCAGUACCUCUACCUCCAGGAGAACAGCCUGCUCCACCUCCAGGAUGACCUGUUCGCCGACCUGGCCAACCUGAGCCACCUCUUCCUGCACGGGAACCGCCUGCGUCUGCUCACGGAGCACGUGUUCCGCGGCCUGGGCAGCCUGGACCGGCUGCUGCUGCACGGGAACCGGCUGCAGGGCGUGCACCGCGCGGCCUUCCGCGGCCUCAGCCGCCUCACCAUCCUCUACCUGUUCAACAACAGCCUGGCCUCGCUGCCCGGCGAGGCGCUCGCCGACCUGCCGGCGCUGGAGUUCCUGCGGCUCAACGCCAACCCCUGGGCGUGCGACUGCCGCGCGCGGCCGCUCUGGGCCUGGUUCCAGCGCGCGCGCGUGUCCAGCUCCGACGUGACGUGCGCCACGCCCCCGGAGCGCCAGGGCCGAGACCUGCGCGCGCUGCGCGAGGCCGACUUCCAGGCCUGCCCGCCCGCCGCGCCCACGCGGCCCGGCAGCCGCGCGCGGGGCAACAGCUCCUCCAACCACCUGUACGGCGUGGCGGAGGCCGGCGCGCCGCCCGCCGACCCCUCCACCCUCUACCGAGACCUGCCCGCCGAAGACUCGCGGGGCCGCCAGGGCGGGGACGCGCCCACCGAGGACGACUACUGGGGCGGCUACGGGGGCGAGGACCGGCGCGGCGAGCAGACGUGCCCCGGCGCCGCGUGCCAGGCGCCUCCGGACUCCCGCGGCCGGGCGCUGUCGGCCGCGCUGCCCGCGCCUCUGCUUGGCCUCGCGCUUCUGGUGCCUCAUCACCUCUGACUGCGGCGGCUGAGACUCUCAGGCCACUGGCCGGGCCCGGCCCCACCGCCUUCCUCUCCACCCCCACCCCCAGCUCGGCUCCCCACCCCGGGACCUGGCCGCCUCUCUCCUUGCCUCCUGGGCUGUUCGGACUCAAGGCUGCUCCCAGAGGACAGGAACGGUGGCUCAGCCGUGCUGAACCCAAUUCAAGCCAUUAACUCUUCUUCCCCCAUCCCCAGGCUGGGCUGGGGGCACCCCGGGCAGCCGCUGUCCCGGGGCCCACAGUGGACUCCCUCCGAAGGGGCUUUUUUAUCUACAGUGCAUCUCCCACCAGCAGAGCCUUCGGGCGCUCCCCCUGGGGGACGAAUGCGUCACUUGGCGCCAGGGCGACCCUGGAACCCUGCUCAUCCCGGUCCCCUCCACCUCCUGACACUGGAGGAACUCUUUUCUCCUAAGUCUACCCUGGACACUUUUUAGGGCUCCGGGAGAGAACUUUCCUCUCCACCACGGCCCCUGCGUGGUGAAGAUUUAGAAAAAAAAAAAAGUUG